AUGUCAUCAUCUUCUUCUUCUUCUUCUUCUUCAAAUUCAAAUGAACAAAACAGGGAUUGGCUGGAUCUCCCAUCUGAUGUAACGGCUAACAUACUUCAGAGACUUGGUGUGCCUGACAUAAUUCAGAAUGCCCAGAGAGUGUGCACCGUUUGGCGUAGAAUUUGCAAACACGAUCCUGCUAUGAAUAUAUUAUUUACAUUACUAACUAAGUCCGUCUUUAGGCUUUGGCGGACAAGGCAGAUCAGGCGUCUUGAACUUGUAUUUCAUCAUGGUGAUGUGCAAAGUAUACCUUUAAUGAGAUAUUCAUUUUUGGAGGAACUCAAUCUAUACUCAACUGGAGUGUACACGAAAAAGGAGUUUAUUGAAACUGCGGGUCGCUAUUGCACCAUGCUUAAGACGCUAAAAGUGAAUAAGUCACCCUUUAAAGGUUAUUCGAUUGGAGAUGCUAAUGAGAUCGCGAUAGCUAUUGGGGAAAACUUACAUGAGUUAAGGCAUCUUGAACUCAUUGGAAGUUGUAUGCACAAUAAUGGGUUGCAGGCGAUUCUUGAUGGUUGUCAUCGCCUUGAAACACUGGACUUGCGUAAAUGUAUUCUCAUUAAUCUCUAUGAAGAUCUGGGGAGACGAUGUUUAGAACAGAUUGGAAGUGUAAAGCUGCCUAAUGAUUCUCUUGAAGACAGUCCAUAUAGCUAUAUCCAUAAAGUUGACCCUCGGGAGCUAUAUCUAUAUGAAGAUGAUUAUUAUGAACCUAUGUCUCCUGAACUAUAUGAUGGAUACAUUAGUCAGUAA